ACACGUUGUUCUCAGAAAAUAUCGCUCCGCCCAUGUGAAAAGUAGUCCCCUGCUUUGAGCGUCCCGAGAAUAUUUAUUCCAAUUUAUUUUAUCUGUCGUAUGUGUUUGCUUAUGUCGCAAAAAUCUUGGAUGAUUCGGCAGGAAAUCGGCAGUGGUCCUGAGUGAUUGCUCUGCUCAUGCGAGUGUCGGGGCGUGUGCGAAGGCGAAGGCAAUGCGCAGCGAUGCGCUGCUCAGACUCGGACUGGACUGACUCUAGCGUCGUACUCGCAUUGUGUUGUCCAAGUGAACACUAAACAGCAAUUAUGAGCCUUAAUUACAAAUCGUAUCACUUCUGUCGAAGGACUCAGGUUCUCUAUGGAUAUUGAAGAUCUGAUUUAAAAUAACUUCCGUGCAGGCAGCGGUGAGGCGCAACAGAGGCAGGAUGGUGGUGGACCCGUCACUUUCAAGGCACCCGGGGUCGGUUCACCAUCGUGCACUGGUGCUGACCUCGGGUAUGACACCCAAAGAGCUGUCAGAUAAUGACGAUCUUGCAACAUCCUUUGUGUUAGACCCAUAUUUAGGAUUUGUAACCCAUAAAAUGAACAUAAGAUAUAGGCCUCCUAAAGCUAACAAAGAAGAACUAAAGGGUAUAAUAGAAGAAUUUUUGAAGAAGCAGGACUAUAGGAGAGCUUGCAACAGACUUCUGUCAGUAGAUGCCCUUCAUAAGGCUAUGCAAAUGCGUAGCCGACCACAGCAACAAAAACUAGAAGAACAUUUGUAUCGUUAUCUGCGUGUUUUUGACAAAGACUCAGGUUUUCUCAUAGAACCAUGUUUUCGAUAUUCAUUAGAAGGUCAAAAAGGGGCCAAAAUUUCAACCACCCAGAAGUGGUACAAAAAUGAAAAGAUACCAUGUUUAGUGGGUUGCAUUGCUGAGUUAACUGAAGAAGAGGAAGCCAUGCUGCUUCAUCCCGGCAAGAAUGAUUUUUCGGUUAUGUUCAGCUGUCGCAAGAACUGUGCUCAGCUUUGGUUGGGGCCUGCUGCAUUUAUCAACCAUGACUGCCGAGCAAACUGCAAGUUUGUUGCAACUGGACGAGACACAGCUUGUGUCAAAGUACUGAGAGACAUUGAAGUUGGUGAAGAAAUUACUUGCUUUUAUGGGGAGGAUUUCUUUGGUGAUGGAAAUGGGUACUGUGAAUGUAAAACAUGUGAAAGGAGAGGAACUGGGGCAUUUGCUAAAAACAAAACAAACAAAGAAGAUCUAAGCUCAGGAUAUCGAUUGAGAGAAACGGAGAAUAGAAUUAAUAGGACAAAACACCAACAUGAGGACAGCCAUGAGAAACCCGCUGCUGAUUCCGAGAGUGUUCCUCUAAGAAACAGGAGUAAUAACACAAAUACCAUCAGUUCAAGUUCAAACAAACCAUCCUCCACUACUUCCGCUGCCCCGGCCAUACCUUCUGUUGUUGUUGCACCUUUAAGUUUGAAAGAGCUGCGCCAAAAGGGUCUCACCAAGUACGAUGCAGAAAUGCUGAUGCAACAAGGGUGCCGCUUUUCUGAUAUUGGAUCUCUUGAACAUUUAGAACAUGUCACAAGACGGCAAUCUCAAGAUCAAGCGCCGCCCGCAACUGCAGCAACGGCAGCAACCCCAGACGCUCAACCCAGCGGAGAAGCAGAAUCAAAACGGAGCCUGCGGAACAGUGUCUGUCGAGAACAAGACCAAGAAGGGAGAAGCGAGUCAGGAGAAGGCCUCGAUGAAGUUGCUAAGAGUGUGCUAGCUGAAGUACCUGACAAAGCACCUUGUCGGAUCACACGUUCUUCCCGCCUUCUUAGAACCUCAGCGGCUAAGGCUGACUGCAUAGUAGCAGCGGAAACCAUUGAAUCUAGAGUAGCAAGUCCGCUCCCAGUAUUAGAGAAAUGUGUGUUGAACGGUAUAAGUGAUGAUACCCGGAGUAAUGCUGGAAGUGAUAGAGAUUCUGUGUGCAGCGAAAGGAAAAGCAGAUUACGUAAAAGGUUGAAGGACAGCGAAGAUUCUCCAUCACCCCUAGCCCCCUCUCUCUCCCCCCCUGUGAUAAAAGAAGAGAAGGAAGAACCUCCUGUCCUAGAAGUGAAUGUCGAAAGUAGUGGAAGUUCAUCUAUCAAGGAAGAGUCUAAAGACAGUAAACAACCUGUGGUGAAAGCAGCCAGACUUCGAAAUGGUCGUUUCGUUAGCAAAAAGGCAGUAACAGAUGACAGUGCAAGCGGGAGUCGGGAUACACCGAAAAGAUCUCAAGAAAGGAGUAGGAAAACCUCUUCUUGUGACGAUUCCACCAAAGAUGUCUACGAGUUUGAUGAGUUUGAUGAUUGUGAAGGCAGCCCAAGAGCUUUAAGACACUCAAGAGGAUCAGGAGAUGCUGCUAAGACUGCAUCCAAGGCAUCCUGUUCAGAUCAGGAUCAUCAAAACUGUGUUCCAACUACUCCUGAAAAGCCUUUAGGACGUCUAAAGCUGACCUUGAGAAUGAAACGUAGUCCAAUGUUUGAUGAUGUUAUUGAGUGGAGGAGAAACAUGAACGAGGAGUGUUACGAACCUCAUUAUGAAGUGUUAAGGGUUGAAGGAAUAGACGAAGACGAAAGUAGAGAGGAAACAAGAGAAGUCAGUAGUCCACCUCGAAAAAAGAAGAAACACAAAACCAAGAGAAAGCGCAAGCUGAAAGAUGAAGCCAAAUGCAAUGGUACCGAAGAAACAGCCAUUCCACUCAAGAGGUUGCGGCUUAUUUUGGGUAAUGAGACCAGAACAAUAGAUAUUCCAAGCUCUGCACACUAAUUCCACAAGUUCUUGUUAUUCAGUGUAUGGUUUUGCAACCGUCAUUGCAUUUUAUAGCAAAUGUAUUUAUCAACUGUGUCUGAAUUUUUUCAAGGGAAGUUGAGGAAAAGAUUCAGAGGUUGAACAGAAGACUUACUGCCUAUCUUGUCAUUUGUUGGACCUUAUUUGAAAAUUGUGGAUAUGAAUAUACUGCCUAGAAAAUUAUUAUCAAAGCAAAAAAAAGUAAUUUAAUGAGAGGUUGACAGUGGGGCCAUCUCCCUGGCUCUUAACUACUCCUUGGUUUUAAUAGUUCAAAAGCAAGCUAGUAACAUAACUAUACCCAAAUUACUCUGCUAAGAAAAAUGUGGCCUUAAUAUGUGGGUGGAGUUCCCUUGCAUAUCAAUUAAAUUAAAGGAAUGUAAAGCUAUCACACUUUAAAACUUGGGCCCUUACAUUGGCUGAAAGUAACAUGGCAUUGUCAUGUCUAAUUACAAAGCAUCACUUAUUGGACAGUAACUUCACAAACUUGCCACUCAAUGCAAUGGUGCCACACACAUGUGCUGUUUCCCCUAUGGGCCGAUAUGUGGGGUAUGUUAAGUAGCCUGGAUCAUAUGCCAAUGCCAUUAUCACUAUGUCCUUUUGCUAUUUGUUGUUUAAGCUUGGAUUUGGUUCCAGUUCUUGAUGAAAUAUUCAUUGUUACUGUUUGUGGUUUUCUGCAAUUUCUGUUAGCUUUAACACAAUUUUUCUUACUUUUUUAAAACAAUAAUUUUGAAUGUUUGGAAUUGGAACCUCAAGAAUUUGUUUCCUUAAUGUAGAUAUUAAGAUGACAAUGUUAAGAAACUACAUAUAGAUGUUAAGGCUAUUGUAGUUAAGUGGCUUUCUUUUUUCUUUUGUUUAUUUUUUAGAACUUUUAUUCAAAUUAUGUCUUGUUAUCACAAAUAGAAUUUUCUAUGCAUUAUUGUUACCUUGUUAAUGUAACUGACAUGUUCGUCAACUUUCUCUCCCUUUGAAGAGAAUAUUGAUUGCUGCAUAACUCACUCUGUUUUAUCCAGUUUUCUAAGUUCUUCUUCUUCUUUUUUUCCUGCCACCAUUUGCAUGCAACGUUGUCAAGUUCUGAUUCCAGCAUCUUAGCACAAUUGUUUUCUGUUGUUUUUCUUUCUUUGUUAAAUUAUUUGUGAAUGUGUGUUUUUUGUGAGGAGAUUUGAAAUGAAUUUUAUUCAGAAGUAGAGCUCUCUAAUGUCAGCUCUUCUUAUCUUUUGUGGGAUGUGGGUUGUACCAAAGGAAUGUAUAUUGCUUUCUGAAUGUGCAAUAUCACCUAAAUUGAGCUGCUUGUUCACUGCAGUAUGUAUGCCGUACUGUUGCAAUUUAAAAUUUAGGUGUCCCUUUCUAUUGAAUCAGUUCUGAAGGAAUCUGAAGAUAAGAAAGAUCUGUUAGAGGUAGUGUUUAAUUUUUGAUUCAUUUUUAACACUAGUAAAUGAAAUGUUUCAAUUCUUGUAUGUUAAGAUUUUUUCUAGCAGUAUUAGAACUGUUGAUAAUGGCAUAAGUACUAUGAGUGCUCCCAUUUGUGCUACCUCAAAGCUCUUCAAGCUAGAGAAUUAUCAAGUGGUCAUAUUUCCGAAACGUGUGUAUAUACAAAAUUUGCCACCUCUUAUAGCUUCCAUGUCAGUUAAGUCUGACAGACAUUUUUGUGGUGCAGCUCUGAAGAGGGAAGAGAGCUGUACUUGUGUUCAAAGUUGUCUUCUUAACAAUUUUGCCUGUGUUUGAAAUGCAGCACCCCAAGCUGUAUUUGUAUAUAUUAAAAGAAAAAAAAAAUAUAAGACUGGGGAACAAACAAAUCUGAGAGGAACUGGCGAAAAUGAAACCCUAGUUGUUUCCAAUAUACAUAAGAAAUGUGAUAAAAUGAUUAACAGUUAGUUUAUUUGUAAAUAAAGUUAAUUUGAGAGGAAAAACUGUUGUUGAUCAUUGCAUACUGUUAUUUAAAAUAAGAUUUGUCUCUUGUAAGCUCAGUUUUUUUUGUCUUUUUUUUUUUUGUAGGUCAUGUCCUGCGUAUGUGUGGCCAUAUCUCUGAGGCUUUUGGACAGAUAAAACAGUAGAGGAGCAAUUUAAAGUUGAGGCUCACCUUGAUUUUAAAAAAUGCACAGUGAGUGGCCUGCCAGUGUGCGUGUAGCUGAGAUGUGUUUCCAUAGUUAUGAAAUGGUUUGUUGUGUUCAUCUAGAUCAAUUUUUUUUCCCCCUUUUUUUUAAAAGAGAUGUGUACAUUAAACUAAUGCAUGUUAGUUGCUUUCAGUGGAAACUUGUGUCAUUAAUUUUUGUGGAAAUGAAAGUAAAUUGAAUGAACAAACCAUUACACUUUCUGACUAUUAUUUUUAUUUUUUGCCUUUCUAACAUUGUUCAAGUGGGGCAUUUGAUUUUGUUUCCUGGUCCAGAGUUGUAUUUGUUGUUGCUUCUAGUUUCUACAAGACUGUGCACUGCCAACAGGUGUAAUGUUUUCUGAUAGUCGUGUCUCUUAGCUGUCUCUUCAUGGUCAUACAUAUAACAACUGAUCCCAGAAAUCUAUUUUUCCCCUUUGGGCUGUUUUUAAUAAUUACUGUGUGAAUUAUUUUCAAAAACACCUUUUCCUUUGAGUGCGUGUGUAUAAAGAAGUGAGAUUUACAGGGACGCCUGUUCUGAAAAUCCUUUCCUGUUUACUGAUUGACGUAUGCCUGGUAAAAUCAAUAAACAGAGCACAACUGCCAAAGCAAA